ACAAACAAAAUAUAAAACGUUUCUAAUUUUGGUUUUCUUCGCGAUUUUACAUUCAAUUAACAUUUUUUUCAUUCUUUUUCAUUUCAACUCUUUUAUAUCCGUACUAUAAUAAGGAAAACAUUUGUUCGACGUAUUUUCUAAAAAUUCAAAAGAACGAAUAAGUAAACGUUAAAAUAAUACAAAAUAUAAGCAAAUCAUUUCUAUCGUUCGUUUAUUAAACGCGCGUAUUCGUCUUCGGUAAAUAGUAAGAAAAAAGUCAAGUUCAUCAAUCAUGGAGACCAUUUUGGCGAACACGUUGUCCAAGACGGCGCUAAUUGGGGAAUCUAACAUCGAACAGAAGAGCAAAACUAAUUUUGCUAACGAUGCUAAGAAAAUGACGAGAUAUUCGUUGGCGGAUUCCGGUGAUUCCGUGAUGAACACCGCCAUGGAUUAUCACAUUAAAAUAAUAACGAGGGACGACGAGCACAGGGUAUUGAAAUUCCUCAGGAGGUUUUUUUUCCGUGACGAACCUCUUAAUCAAGCUGUCGCAUUAAUACCGGAAGGCGAAGACAGCACUUGUUACGAGUUGGAAGAUUAUUGCAGAGAUUCAUCCCUUGACAAUAAUUUAAGUUUAAUGGCUAUAUCAUCUACCGGUUCAAUUAUUGGCGUUUUGUUAAACGGAAAAAUGGAUCCCUGCGAAGAGGAAGAACCGGAGUACAUAAACAAUUGCGAAAAUCUAAAAUUCAGAAAAAUAUUAAGGUUUUUGCAUUAUGUCGAUAAAAAAGUAAACGCGGAUGGAAAAUUUAGAAAUCAAAAUAUAUUAGAAAUUAGAAUAAUCUCCGUUGACACUAAUUGGAGAGGCAAGGGUAUUGCCAAGGCUCUCAUCGAAAAUACUACAGAAAUCGCAAGAGAACAUGGUUUCGAUAUAAUGCGAGCCGAUUGUUCGUCGAUGUUUUCUGGGAAAUUAUGCGAACGACUUGGUUUCGAAGCGAUAUUUCAAAUUAAUUAUUCCGAUUACCUCGACGAAAAUGGAAAACCUGUUUUCUCACCUGAUCUUCCACACACGGCUGCUAUCACGUAUAUCAAAAAAUUAUAAAAUCAUUUUUUCUAAUGAAAAACUUUGAAAAUAAACAAUUAAUGUGAUUUAGUAUAAGAAAAGAACAAUAUAAAUUAAGAGUGUAACAAUUGAGAAAGAAAAAGAGAUCCGAUUAGAUUUGGAUUUGUUUUUUCUUUUUAUAAUCCAAAUGAAACAUGUAAAUAUACGUUUACUGUAAUAUUACGAACUUAGAAU